CUCAGACCGGACUGUUGCUCCGAAGUGAGUGGAGGUCGUUUCUUCAGCACGCUCGUCAGUUUGAAAAAAGACUGCGUGGAUCGAGGAGGGCGAGCGAGUGUGCGGUGUCGAGAAGAAUCGUUGUAUUGAAUAAACUCAACUGGCCGUCGUUGCGACAACACGUUGUUACUCGUACCGUCACCUUCGCUUCACGGGAAUAAUAAACGUACAUAUACAUUCUCAUUAAUCGAGUUUUGCGACUUGUAGUUGAACCGUCGUGCGGAAACUACUGUUUCUUUUGUUUCGAACUUGUUGCGAUUGUGAUUACGGCGGUUUGUUAUAAAACGUACUACGUUCCUGUACUUACAUACAAACUUCGUUUUUAAAGUGCUUCAUCGUUCGUGGGAAAACAUUCGUCGAUAAGGAGAAGCGAUUGUUUUUAAGACAUACAUGUUCUUAAAUCGUUCUACGUCGCUAUUGAUAACUCGAUGUCGUGAUCUUUAACAUAAACACACAUGUAUAAAAUAUAAAGCCCCAGUGAAGUGUAUAAUUAUUAUUAUUAUUAUUAUUGAUUAUCGGUGCAGCGUUGUUUUUACUCUAAAAACUGUACUUGGAUUCGGCUGCAGUGAUUAUUGUUGUUUCUGUGAACCGGGGUUGUUCUUCCUCCGAAGUCGCAGAGCUACGACUACGUAUAAACACAAGUGAGAAUACGAGUAAGGAGUAGAAGAAGAACACGAGUGUCUUACUUACUACUCUAAAGUUGCUUUGGUGCGUGAUAACCGUCGUACAAACCGAUUCGCGAGACGGUCACUCGUUGUAUUUACUACUCGGAGUCACUGUGCGGUCAUUGAAAACAUUCGAAGACGCGUCGAUUAAGCAAUUCCUCUCUGUUGGCAACAACCACGCGGGACGCGUUACGCUACCUCGGAUUCAAAACAAAGGAAAGCAGGCAGAUGACCGUUACCGGUUGCAGAUUAUAACUGGUAUAUAGUAAAUUGGAAAGAAAAUUAACCGAGUCUCUGUACUCGAGUUACUGACGCGUGUAACGUGUCAUCGGCGUCAACAACGAAACUAUCCUUAGUAGUGCCGAUGUUUCGGUUUCGAGCAAUGAUCGCGGGAUCCGGCGCGUAGCGGAUCGAGCGCGUCGCUAACUGUUUGGGGGUUGGAAACGCGCGGCGUUAGGAGGCACAACGAUAAUUGACCCCCGCUAGUUGACACAAAAGGCGGCAAGCUGUACGGACACAGGGAGGACGACAUGCUGACGAUGGAGACGGACCUCAAGGGCGGCAGCCUUCACGGGCAAAUGCCUCCGCACCCUCACCAGGGCGUCUCGCCGAUGGGUCACCACACCGGGGUGUCGCCCUACGGAGCCCUCGGCUCUAUCGUCCACAGCCCAGCGCUGUCGGGCAGCCCUCCGACCGCCGGAGGCCUCGGGGGCCUUGGACUACAGCACCAUCAUCAGGCCCCGUCGCACCAUUACGCGGCGAUGCAGUCCCAGCAACAGCAGCAGCAACAGCAGCAGCAGCAACAACAGCAGCAGCAGCAGAGCAUGCAUGCGUUGGCGAGUCAGCAAUCGGCGGCUCAGCAACAGCAACAACAGCAGGCGGCUCAGCAUCACGCGCAUCAGCAACAACCGCCGCAGCACCAGCCGCCCAAUAACAACAACAACACGAGCAAGAACAACAACAUCGAUCGGGUAAAGCGGCCGAUGAACGCGUUCAUGGUCUGGUCGAGGGGUCAGCGGAGAAAAAUGGCUCAGGAGAACCCGAAGAUGCAUAAUUCGGAGAUAUCGAAGCGGCUCGGGGCCGAGUGGAAGCUGCUUAGCGAGACCGAGAAGCGGCCGUUCAUCGACGAGGCGAAACGGCUAAGGGCCGUCCACAUGAAGGAGCAUCCCGACUACAAGUACCGACCCCGCAGGAAGACAAAGACCCUUCUUAAGAAGGACAAGUUCCCGAUGGGCGGCGGCGUCGCCGGGGUCGGCGGCAUGCUCGGCGUCGAUCAGAGGAACGUCGCCGCCGGUGGUGGGCAGCAGCCCCAACUCCCACGGGACGUGUACCAAAUGCCAAACGGCUACAUGCCCAAUGGAUACAUGAUGCACGACCCGACGGCGGCCUACCAGCAGCAUCCCUACGGCGGGCACAUGGGCGCCGCGGCCGGCUAUCCCAGGUACGACAUGGGGCAUCACAUGGGGGGCGGGAGUCCCAGUCCCAUAAACAGCUACAUGAACGGGUACGGAGGGUACGGCGGGACCACCGUUCCCGGGGGCUCGCCCUCGCCCUACCACCAGCCCCAACCCGGGUCGCAAAUGUCGAGCCACAGCCCGUCGGGAAGCAGCAUCAAGUCCGAACCCACAAGCCCCGCAAGCGGCGGCAUCCACACGCCGACGCCGACCGGACCCUCGUCCACCGGGGCCCCCGUCAAGCGGGAGUACAUGGGCCAGCAACAGGCCCCUCAGCCUCAGGGCGACCUACGGCAGAUGAUAUCCAUGUAUCUGCCACAGAGCGCGGAACAGGGUGUCCCUCAGCACGGUGGAAGCGUUUACUCGCCCGGACCAUCGCCCGAUCCCCUGGUCCAGCACCAUUCGGGCGUACCGCCGCUAACUCACAUAUAUAACGCUGAGAAACUAGACGAGACGUAUCAGAGCCGAGUCCGAUUCUUCCGAUUGACGAAUACUUACGAAGACGAACGGGUACGUCGGGGACAGACGACGGCGAGCGGUCCAGAGUAGGAGCUAAUUAUCACACCGAGCACAACCAAUGAGCUAACCACAGAAAAACUACCCUCGUAGGUUAGCUUAGAGAGGAUGGAUUAGCGAGCGAGCGAGCGAGCGAGUGAGUGAGGCCGAAGCCCAGACAAGGUGUGGGGGCUGCGGGACCAAAGACGAAAUGACCAAAAAUCGAGGCGACGAGGUCAGAAGCGUUUCCACGAACCACCUUCUUCGGAGAAGAUAACCAUUAAGAGUGUUGCGUUGUUUUCGAGGAAUGCCGGCCGCACUUGGGUCGAAAACACGGUUCGACAGGCAUGACGACAUGACAGGCCGUCAACGGGGGGACGCUUGUGAUCUUGUAAACGAAAAUGCUCCCUCGGCCCCCACAUUUUACCUUUUUCCAUAACAUACAUCACUCCGUAUCACAAAACAACCGACUAUAUAUAUAUAUAUAUAUCUAUAAAAACAACAACAACAACAAUAAGAACAAGAACACAAACGUUGAACAAAAAACCGUGUCGAAAUUUCACUGGAAUGCAAGGAUGUAACGUUUACAUAACGUCGUACGUGUCGUUGUCAUUAUACAUAUAUAUAUAUGU